AUGGCAACGAAACGAAAAGCCGCCGCCAUGAGCGGCGCUACGGAAGAUGAAGACCCCGUCGACCCAUCGGACGAACUGACUUUCAUUGGUUUGGGAGGAUGUCAAGAAGUGGGCAGAUCCUGCCAUGUUCUUCAGUACAAGGGCAAGAUUGUUAUGCUUGAUGCUGGCAUGCACACUGGUCGUGAGGGUAUGGCUGCUAUGCCUUACUUCGACGAUUUCGAUCUUGGAACAGUCGAUAUUCUACUUAUCAGUCACUUCCAUCUCGACCAUGCUGCAGCGCUUCCCUACGUUCUGUCAAAGACCAAUUUUCAAGGACGAGUUUUUAUGACGCACCCAACCAAGGCUAUCUACAAAUGGCUCAUUCAAGACUCUGUCAGAGUUAGCAAUACUUCCUCGACUUCCGAUCAAAGGACGUCACUGUACACUGAAGCGGAUCAUAUGUCUACGCUACCUAAAAUUGAGACAAUCGACUUCUACACCACUCACACUAUCAAUGGAAUUCAAGUCACUCCAUACCCAGCCGGUCAUGUGCUUGGAGCCGCUAUGUUCUUGAUCAACAUUGCCGGCCUCAAUAUAUUCUUUACAGGUGACUACUCAACAGAACAAGAUCGACAUCUGGUCGCUGCGGCAGUUCCGGACCCAAAGAAGGUUGGCAAGAUCGACCUCCUGAUAUCAGAGUCCACGUUCGGUAUAUCGACCGCUCCUCCGAGAGAAGAACGAGAAUUUGGUUUGUUAAAAUCAAUAACGAACAUUGUGAACAGAGGCGGAAAAGUGCUCAUGCCUGUCUUUGCACUUGGAAGAGCACAAGAAUUACUCCUCAUUCUUGAAGAUUACUGGGCAAGACAUCCUGACUUACAAAAGGUCCCCAUCUAUUAUACUGGACAAACAGCGAGAAAGUGUAUGGUGGUCUACCAAACAUAUAUCAAUGCCAUGAACGACAAUAUCAAGAGGAUAUUUAGGGAAAGAAUGGCGGAGGCCGAAGCUGCUGGUAAUGCUAAAGGUCUCAGUUCAGGACCCUGGGACUUUCGACACGUGCGAAGUCUGCGAAGCCUGGAUCGCUUCGACGACAUAGGUAGCUGCGUGAUGUUGGCGUCGCCCGGUAUGCUGCAGUCUGGCAUGUCACGCAUUCUGUUAGAGCGAUGGGCACCAGAUCAGAGGAACGGUGUGGUAAUGACAGGCUACAACGUCGAGGGCACCAUGGGUCGAACCAUUUUGUCGGAACCAGAUCAAAUACCAGCGAUCAUGAGUGGUACGACGAACGCACAAACUAUCGGACGCAGAAACCGAGAUGACGAAGCCGUUAUGAUACCUCGAAGGUGCUCAGUCGAGGAAUUCUCUUUUGCAGCCCACGUCACAGGGAAGCAGAACAUCGACUUCAUCGAAGCCAUACAUGCACCACACGUUAUCUUAGUGCAUGGAGAGAAGUCGCAAGCAGGAAGGCUGAAGUCAAGGUUGCUAGACAACAAUUCCAAGAGAUCAGCGAACAAUGCCGAGACACAACAGACAAAAGUCUAUAGUCCAGAGAAUGGUGCUGAAGUAAAAAUACCCUUCAGGAAGGACAAAAUUGCCAAAGUUGUUGGCAGGCUAGCACAAAUUCCCGCACCACAAGGUCCUGAUGACGAGAGAGUGAUAAGCGGCGUUAUGGUUCAAAAUGGUUUCAAGUUGAGCUUGAUGGCUCCUGAAGACCUUAGGGAGUAUGCUGGGUUGACAAGCACUACUGUGCUAUGCCGUCAACACAUUGUCCUGACCGCAGCCACUAUCGAGCUGAUCAAGUGGGCUUUAGAAGGCACGUUCGGUGCCAUCGAGGAGAUCGGACAGGUCAAGGCAGAGACGAACGGUGACAGUCACCCAGAGGACGGCGCAAAAAAAGAAGUGGAGACAAAGAUAGAGCAAGAGCAGGCGGAUGAGGAGUUCACAUCCGAACCUGCUCGUACCUUCCUUGUGAUGGGGUGCAUUCAACUGAAAUGGUCCGGUCGUGACAAGGAAAUCGAACUCGAAUGGGAAGGGAACACAAUGAAUGACGGAAUUGCCGACGCCGUCAUGUCUGUUCUGGCUACUGUCGAGUCAACUCGUGCUUCGGUCAAAUUCACGCAGAAGGAUGUCAAACACCACCAUCACAGCCACAGCCACGAUCACGAAACCAAGGAAGCCCUUUCGGAAGAGAUACAGAUAGCGAAGUCCACGAACGGGAUAACGAACGGUCAGGCCCAGCCAAGAGCCGUACGUAAUCAACUGGCAAACCUCAUACCCGAGGAGCGAUUCUCUCGUCUCACCAUGUUUCUGGAAGAGCAAUUCGGUAACAAUAUCGACCCCAUCGAGACUCCACGGAUUAGCCACCUCACACAGGUAGAUGGUAAGAGUCUCAAAGACGGGAAUGCGGAUUCUGAUGAGGACGAGGAGGACGUGGAAGAACGUAACGCCGCAUUGAUGGCGUCAGAGCGUGCUCGCUUAGCCGCUCUGGGAAUACCUGUCCCUGGUCUUCAGAUCAAGGUCGACAAAGUCAUCGCACGACUCUGGCUUGAUGAUCUGACGCUCGAGUGUCCAAGCAAGGUGUGGCGUGAGAGGAUCAUGGCUGUGGUUGAGCGAGCUGUUGAGACUGUGGCGCCUCUCUGGAGUGUUGGUGGUGGUUCAAGAGGAUAG